AUCUUCUUCAACAAUGAUGAACAACAGUUCUAUCCAGGGUCGCCGGAAGAUCGAAAUGAAGAAGAUAACAAAGAAAAAUAAUCUUCAAGUAACCUUCUCCAAACGUCGUUCCGGUCUUUUUAAAAAGGCUAGUGAACUUUGCACACUUUGCGGGGUCGAUGCUGCGAUCGUAGUCUUUUCCCCUGCUGGCAAGGUCUUCUCUUUUGGCCAUCCUCACGUUGAGUCCACCAUCGAUCGGUUUCUCAGUCGAAGCCCUUCGGUUCACAACGUAAAUGCGUCUUACAAUGUCGUCGAAGCUCAUCGAGAUGCUAACAUCCGUGAGCUUAAUGCACAUCUAGGUCAACUUGUUGACAUUUUGGAAAUUGAAAAAAGGAAGGGACAAGCACUCGACGAAGUAAGGAAGGCGGGUCGAAGGCAAUGGUGGUGGCAAGCUCCGAUUGAUGAACUCGGAUUGAGUGAGCUUCAAUUGUUGAGAAAUGCACUCCAGGAGCUGAAGAGGAGUGUGGAGAAACAAGCCGAUUUGCUGCAGGCUGCGGUUGAGUCGAGCAAUUGCUGGCAAUUUUUGGCCCCAAAUGGUGUGGGAACUAGCGGUUCGGGAAGUGAAGGAAAUGAAAUGCAUACUUCUUCUGGUAUUACUCCAUUGCAGAAAUUUGAUCAGAACCUAUAUCUUGUUUUUUAA